CAAUGACAGCUUCACGAGCGGCUCCGCUCCCAUCUUGGCAUUCCAGAGCUUUGGCGUGGAGACUGCACGCUGGCGAAGGUUUCCAGGAAUGGGGACAUACACACAGCGGCACUUCUGAAUGUAGCUAACGUUUGAUAUAUAUUAUUUUUUUCAAUUUUCCUUAUUUAAUUUUUUUCCCCUUUUCUUUGAUUAGCCUAUUUAUUUUUUGUAUUCGAACCAAAUCGCCAUGGCUUGGCCGUGCAUAAGCAGAGUGUGCUGUCUGGCUCGGUUCUGGAACCAGUUUGAUAAAUCCGAUCUUUCAGUGCCACUGACCAUACAGAACUAUUCGGAGAUCACCGACCAAGAGGUACAAUCCGUCACCAGGCAGGUACCGACGGACCGGGUUCUGAGGCACAACUAUUCCACCCCGGAACACCGCGGAUCCCCCCAGACACCGGGAGAUGCCCCGGGGACCCAGAGGUCAUUGAGGGGCCGGAGGGAGCCCAACUUCAAACCCCAGGUUGACUACCACCAACCCGGUGUGCCUUUCUCCAGUGUCACCCAGUACACGCAGGAUUACAAACCCUGGCCUAUUCCGAAGAAGGAGAAUUUCCCCUGGAUUAGCAAUGGCGGAAAAGGGGGCGACGUUGGUUCGGAUAGCCCGGUAAACAGUAACCCCAAUGCGAGCCAGACGAGAGGGGACAUAGGGGAGAGGGAGAGAGAGGAGCGGGGCAGACAGAGGUGGGGGGAGCCGGGGACGGUAACAGCUAAAAGCUCUUACAGACAGGAGUACAGGCCUUGGACGGGGGCAAGACCAGCCAAGACCACCAGGCAACAACGCCCCCCUGCCCCGUAUGCCAGUCCCGGGUCGGGGGUUUCCCACCUCCCUAAUGAGACCAGCUACCAAGCCGCCUACAAUGGAGGCGGGGAGGCUUUCAGACACACAGAGCUUCACCAGAGGGACCAUACUCCCAGCACCUCCACUGCUGGCCUGCUGACCACCACCUCCAUCUCCACCGUCCCCCAAAACACCGUAACCCCACUCCAGCCCUACUCCAUUGCCACUACCACCCCUAUCACCACCACCACCGGCCUCCAGCAGAGCAGCCUGCCAGAGAGACCCGACCUCAGUAUAGGGACCAUGGGAGAGGAGCAGUUGGUUAGGACUAAGCUCUCUCCCAACCCCUCUGCAGUGUUUCAAAGCGGAUCCAGAAUCUUCAACAUAUGACAGACUCUCCAAAUCCUUCUACUGGUUACGGGGAGUCCAAAGAACCAAUUAGGGAAUGUUCUCUGUCCAUUCCAUACUAUAACAGAAUCUAUGCAAGGGAAUGUACAUCUUCUUAAUGUAACCAGAAAGGAAAAGUCAGCUUACCCGUCCAGUAUAGUAAAUCAGACAAGAGUGAAUGACAAACUAGAUGUCAUAAAAGAAGAUAAAUCAUUUUACAAUUCUGUUCUAUUGCUAUGAAAAUCUAAUAUGCAUGAAACAAACUAGUUUGAAAUCAAGCUUUUUUGCCGUUAGACACUCCAAGACAACACGGCUUCUCAGUAAUGUGUGUUUGUGUGUACAUGUAUGUUUGUGUGUAUGUGUGUGCAUCUGUUCAGUUGGAAUUAUUUGAGUUAAUAAAUCAUUUUUGUACA